AUGAGAAUACACAUUCAUUCUCUCGGUUCGGACAAUAGUUUAUCACACUUAAGUCAUCGAAUUAUUUCGCUAGUUUAUGAUCGAUCGAUUGAACUUGUAAAAAAAGCUGUUUCAGUCGGUGGUGUAUUGCUCAAUGAUGAAAUUGUUUCAAUAGAAAAAUGUCUUGAUUUUAUCACAAACACAUUGCAAGCAGCGAAUGCAGCAACGAUAAUGAGUAGUGGUGAUGCUGAAGCAGCAGCUGUAACAGACAAAAUAAUUCGAGAAAUUCUUCUAUUAAAUGAAUAUUCUAUCAAUUUAUUCAACACGAUGACUUCUCAAAGCAAAAUGUUCUUGUUACGUGUAACUGAGAGUCUCCUGAUCAAUACCACUACAUCACCUUUGACUUAUAAUGAGAGUUGUACAUUUUCCAAUGGUACAUGUGAAUGGCUAACAGGAAGACGAUGGCAUACAGGAACUUUGACCGACAAUGAUAAACUGAUAGACGAAGUUGUAUUAAUUAUGAUUGGUGAUGAACUAGAUAGAGAACAAGGUUUUACUGAAGCAUUAAGAACAAUAUGGUUACCACCAUGUUCAACUAUUAAUUUAAGUUUUAAAUUUUUAAUUCGUAAUCCAUAUGACACCUUAACAGUUUAUGUCCUAAAUCAAAAAGGUGUUGCAAAGAAAAUGGGCGAAUGGUUGUCAUUAACCAAUACUGAAAAUUUUACACAUAAUCGAUUGAUCUGGCAAUAUGCCAAUCUGACAAUGGCAAUUAAGCAAAUCCAUAGAGUAGAAAUUGAAGCUAGACAUUUUCCAAAUAGUAACUCGUUAUUUGCCAUUGAUGAUCUUUUACUAAUGUCACAAUGUCAUUCAAGAACUAUUGAAACAAACACAAUUCCCAUAUCAUCCACUUCAGAACAUACAACUACACAUCCAAUAUUUAAUCAUACAAAUUUAAUGGAACCAAAGUAUACAAAUAUCUUACGAGAUGUUGAAUUAGUUACUAUUAGUAGUUAUGUAAUAACAUCAACUCCCAUCGUUAUACCAUCAUCCUCAACACUAUAUGGAUCAUCAAUUAGUGCUGAUGAAAACAAUCGUUUAUCAAUAUUAACAUUAGUUCUUUAUCUAUUAUGUUCAAUAAUUGUGUUCAUUUUAUUACUUGUAUUAGUCGGACUAGUCGUCUUCAUAUAUAAAAAACGUUGUUUUAUUCGUCAUGAUAGUGUUAGUGCUCAUUUGGAACCAAAAAAGAAAAAUCUUAUUAAUAUUAUACAAAUAGAAGAUGUCGAUAAUAGUACUAACAAUAAUCCAAAUACAACAUCAGCAUCAACAGUAUCACUAUGA